CAAUUCCCAUUCCCAAUCCCAAUUAUUUUCAACUAGUUGUCAAAGUGUUUUGUGUUAUUAUGUUAGACAUAGUAGUAAUAUUUUAAAGAUAAGUUUAUUUUGUGUCACCAAAAUGUUUUUAAAUAAGUAUACGUCAUUAAUCAAUGUAUUCUUUGUGAUAAUUAUUUCAUUUUUCAUGUAUGAUGUCAGUGCUGAGUGCAACAUUCCAAUUGUUUUAAGAGGAUCAUGGUUUUCAUGGGAAAAUAUACAAACAGAAACUGAGCUAAAUGCAAAUGAGAUGCACCGGAAUUCUGACCAUGGAUAUGUUUGUGAAGACAUCAAAGAAGAUUUCCAUGUGAAUUACACAAUCGUGUUUCACCACCCAGCUGAUGGGUGUUACCACUGUGUUAAAUUUGUGGUUCGAACCGUCAAUGUCUUGGAGAGAAUCGAAACUGGUUGUGUGAAUCUGAGGAGAGGACAACAACCAACUGUUGAGAACGUGUGCGCCAACCUGAACCCUGAUCAGCAGCUGAUUACGAUGUUCUCUCAGAACUACGUCCCUGUAAACUGCCGCUCAAGUCUGGAGGGCGUGUGGCAGUUUGCCUAUCAGAACCGGUUCCGUUUCACAGGAGAAUGUAACCACCCUGAAGCUCAGAUUAGAUCUUGUCAACAAGCUGGGUCUCAGUUCCUCAUAUCCAACCAGAAGUUCAACAUCACAUACAAGGCAUGUCCUGGCAUGACUGGCACCUUUGAUGGAGUGGUUGAAUACAGCUGUCUGGGAGACUGGUUUGUGGACAAGAAUCAUUUUUUUGCCGUUGCAAACACCAAGGAGUCACGUAAGGAGGAGAAGUACCGAUGUUUCCUGAAGAACCGAGAUGAUGACUUGUACCUUGGAGUCUCCAUUACAGCCGAGUGCAACACACUGAAGACUGUGGAGAAGAGUCCUGAGAGGCUGCAUGUCAACCCAGUGAAAGCUGAAGUAGUAGAGGCUGGUUGUCGUCUGCCUCAGAACUUCUCUGGAAACUGGAUCAACACAGCUAAUCUGGACGCUGAUGUAGUCAUCAACGAGACUCACAUCACAGAGACAUGGUAUCCGGAUCAGGGCCGCUACCGACGGACCAUCUACAUCUGUCGGGAACAGCGAGACACACGCUUCAUGAUGGCUCGGCUCACUGUAGAUGGAUGCCAAAAGGAUUACAUCUGUUUUGACUUCGUGCCACGCCAUCACAAUAUCAUCAGGUAUCGCAAGGGAGUGGCAGUCAUCACGGACGACUUUCACACUGUAUGUUCCUGGGUGGCAUUCCAAAACAAAGAGCAGUGGAAAUACGACCUCUUCCUUGGUAAAGAUCCAGUGCCUGUUAGAUGUCCUGUUGCGGGCAAGUUCAACUUCACUCAGCGAGGAGACGUCCCAUUUGAAACUCGUAUCCUUGGAGGAGUGACACUGUCACCUCGUCCAAAUGUCUACUGUAAAGAAAACAUUUCCGACUUUUCUGUCUGCGACACUGACCAAAAAGAGAUGAAAAUUGAUGAAACCUACUGUCUAUCAGUGGACCACCUUGGACGACCUAUAGAUAUUUACAGUGACCCUGAUUACAAGCUGAAGUGUGUUGGAUAUUGGAAGGAGAAUCUCAAGUCGUACUUGAUCACAUUUGACGAGCUGGACGCCUUCAGCAAGUACCGAUGUUGGGUGUACCAGCGGGCGGAUCUGAACAGAGUGCUCAUGUCGCAGGCUAUCGGACCCUUCUGCGACCUCUCACAGGACGUGACCAGCUGGAACUACACCGAGGGCGCUGCCGUCGCUCUCGAGAUGCAGGAGUACGAGAGAGAACGGGAUAGGUGUCCAAUGCACUUUGACGAUGGAUCCAACCCAUGGAUGUCCUCUGAGAGUUAUAUCCAUGUUUUUCACUUCAAUUAGAAUUAGAUUAUCAGUUAAGAAAUGCACUAACAUAACCAUCAUUCCUUAUAUUGUCCUUGACAUAAAGUAAGAACAAAUUGCUUUUACCCACCAAUUAAUUGUAUGAUUAUUGUCCUUAACAUAAAGUAAGAAAGAUAGUUUUUACCCACCAAUUGUAUAAAUCUAGCUUUUAUUGUGCCUUGAGUGUGAAUUUUAUUUUUAUACUUUUAUACUCAAAUACAAUUAAUUUUUACCUUA